UUCCGAAAGAAUUCGGAAAAUUGACUUCUUUGGUGAAUUUGAAUCUAAGUAGGAACCAGCUUUCUGGACGAAUAAGUCCAAAUAUUGUGUCGCUACCUGGUCUUCAAAAAUUGGAUUUGUCAAGGAAUAGAGCAUGUCUAUCCGGCAGACUAUCGAGUUUUCUUCAAAAUUAAUCCACUUGGAUCUGAGCAACAACCAAUUGAGCCAAGAUAUUCCAGGGCAAUUAGGAAUGCUAACUCAUUUAUCCGAGCUAGACUUGAGUCAUAACUUGUUAAGUGGUGAGAUCCCAGCUCAAUUUAACAAGCUAGAAAGCCUAGUGAAACUCAACCUUUCACACAAUAAUCUUUCCGGCCUUAUAUACGAGCCUUUCAAGGAUAUGCGAGGUUUGAUGGAGGUGGACAUCUCUCACAACAAGUUUGAGGGUCCCAUCCCCAACACCACAGCAUUCCAAAAUGCAACAAAAGAAGCGUUUGAAGGCAACAGCGGAUUGUGUGGAAAUGUUGGAGGACUUGAGCCAUGUAAUCAAGCGGUGGUGGAUAGGGAAAACUCUUCAACGGGAGGCAGGGUUAUUCUUAUUGUGUUUCCUCUGCUAGGAGUAGUGUUGUUUAUUUUCUUUGGAAUAUUCUUCAUUUUCCUUAGAAAGAAGUUCCAUCCUAAAGCGGGCCUAUCAAGCAAGACAAUUAAAGUCUUUUCUCAAUCAAAGUAUGGUGGAAUGAUCUUAUAUGAAGACAUCAUAGAAUCCACCGGGGCUUUUGAUGAGAUUUUCUGUAUUGGAAGGGGACGCUAUGGAAGUGUCUUCAAGGCCAAAUUAAGAUCAGGUGAUAUAGUAGCUGUAAAGAAGCUCUAUCAAACAGCUGAUAGUGGGCAAAUAGAUCAAAAGGAAUUUUUGAAUGAGAUUAAGGUAUUGACGGAAAUUCGACACCGCAAUAUUGUGAAACUAGAGGGCUUUUGUUCGCAUCCACAACACUCAUUCUUGGUGUAUGAGUACUUUGACAGAGGAAGCUUGUCUACAAUCUUGAGUAAUGAAGAAGAAGCCAUGGAGUUGGACUGGAACAAGAGGGUGAAUAUAGUAAAAGGCGUGGCUCAUGCUCUGUCCUAUAUACACCAUGAUUGUAUUUCUCCAAUCGUUCAUCGAGAUAUUUCGAGUAACAACAUUCUGCUUGAUUCGGAGUAUGUGGCGCAUGUUUCUGACUUUGGCACGGCUAAGCUUCUUAAGCUGGACACAUCAAACUGGAGUGCAGUCGUCGGCACAUAUGGUUACGUAGCUCCAGAGCUUGCUUACACAAUGAAGGUGACAGAGAAAUGCGAUGUGUAUAGCUUUGGAAUAGUAGCCAUCGAGGUAAUCAAAGGAAGACAUCCGGGUGAUAGUCUUUCAUCUCUAUUAGCUCCGGUCGGCAUGGAGAUCUCAGUAGUUUUGAAGAAUAUAUUGGAUUCACGCCUGCCAACGCCCAUGCCAGGCAUUAAGGAUGAACUUCUGACCAUCCUAAAGCUUGCAGUCGCUUGCAUAUCUGAUAAUCCCCAACUCAGGCCGUCAAUGAAAAAGAUUUCUCACGUGCUAUCAGCUCGUUCAACCAUUUUUGAUGGAGUUCAAAAGUCACAGAAGCCCACUGAUCCUGUGAGAGAUGCAACAAAUCCAAGCCGUGCACUGGAUCAAUUCGUAGAAGAUAUCGUCUGAUAACGAAUUUGCUCUGUCAACCACAUGCAAGAAGGAGAAAUAUUUUGACCGGAAACAAGGGUACGUGUUUAGGGUACCAGCAUGAGGAUGAGGACACAAGUCGUCCAUGGCCAAGUAUAGAACAGCCUUUUGUUUUGGAAGGAGCAAAACCUGAACUUCCUGGCAUCUAGUUUCAUUUCUGGAGAGGACAGCUGAACUGGAGAUAUUCCAAACUGUUUCUGCAUCUAUUAAUAAUCAUACUAGUAUCGUCGCAGCGAAAACUAUGUAUC